CUUAAAAUCUUCAUUGAAUCGCUUGUGUCUGACGAUCCCCGCGCCUGCGCAGCGUCGUCUGCUGCGCUCACCGCAGCCAAAGCCCGACUGAAAUCCCAGACACGGGGCCUUCCUCGCCAGCAUCCAGCAGUGAUUCCCAGGGGAGGGGGGCAGUAUCCCCCAAUCUGUCUGGAAGAACGUAGAAGUUGCCGGACACUGGCUGCUUGUAAUUCAGUGUUUUUCCUCUUCAAGUGAACUGCGAGCAUCAAACUUGAAGCGAUGGACAGAAAGCGUCCAGGGAUGACCUCAGGGGCACGGAUGCCCCAUCAAGGAGCUCCCAUGGGGCCUCCUGGACCUCCAUAUGGAGGAACACCACCGAUUCGGCCAGGGGUGUCCAACCCAGCCCUAGACCCCAACAGAAAACGGCCUGCCCCGACCCAGCCUGUGCAACCUCCCCCCAACCAAAACCGUCCCAGAAAGAAACCACUUGGAUUUCCUUCAACAAGUGAGAUAUCUGCAAGACAGAUGGACAUGAGAGAAGCCCAGUCAGAUCCUCCAGCUGGAUCCAAUGCCAAGAAAAGAAAAAUGGCAGACAAGAUUCUCCCUCAGAGGAUCCGUGAACUGGUGCCAGAGUCCCAGGCAUACAUGGACCUCCUGGCUUUUGAACGCAAACUCGACCAAACUAUUAUGAGAAAGAGGGUGGAUAUCCAGGAAGCCCUCAAAAGACCAAUGAAGCAAAAGCGAAAGCUUCGACUGUACAUUUCAAACACAUUCAAUCCUGCUAAACCUGACGCAGAGGACUCUGAGGGCAGCAUUGCAUCCUGGGAGCUGCGUGUAGAGGGCAAGUUGUUGGAUGAUCCUGGAAAACAAAAGAGGAAGUUUUCAUCUUUCUUUAAAAGCCUGGUUAUUGAGCUGGACAAGGAUCUGUAUGGCCCUGACAACCAUUUAGUGGAGUGGCACCGCACACCUACAACCCAAGAGACAGAUGGCUUCCAGGUGAAAAGGCCUGGCGAUGUGAAUGUGCGCUGUACCCUGCUGCUCAUGCUGGAUUACCAGCCUCCUCAGUUUAAGUUGGACCCUCGUCUUGCACGUCUCCUGGGCAUCCACACCCAAACGCGCUCCUGCAUUAUCCAGGCAUUAUGGCAGUAUGUCAAGACGAACAAGCUGCAGGACUCUCAUGAAAAGGAGUAUAUUAACUGUGAUAAAUAUUUCCAGCAGAUCUUUGACUGUCCUCGUCUGAAAUUCUGUGAGAUCCCCCAGCGAUUAACCAACCUUCUUCUCCCACCAGAUCCUAUUGUGAUCAAUCAUGUUAUCAGUGUGGAUCCAAAUGACCAGAAGAAGACAGCAUGCUAUGACAUUGAUGUUGAAGUUGAUGAUCCUCUAAAGAGUCAAAUGAGUGGAUUCCUUCAGUCCACAGCCAACCAGCAAGAGAUCGCAUCACUGGACAACAAGAUCCAUGAAACUAUUGAGUCCAUCAACCAACUAAAGAUCCAAAGAGACUUCAUGCUCAGCUUCUCCAGGGACCCCAAGGGCUACAUUCAGGACUGGAUCUGCUCCCAGAACCGAGACCUUAAGUUGAUGACAGAUACAUUUGGGAAUCCAGAGGAAGAGAGGAGAGUAGAGUUUUACAACCAGCCCUGGUCUCAGGAAGCCAUCAGCCGCUACUUCUAUUGCAAGAUUCAACAGCGAAGACAAGAGCUUGAACAAGCUUUGGCUAUGCGAACCACCUAAAACAAUUCACAAUUUCAGGAAUAAGUGGACAACAGAUAUUGUAAUCUUGGGGCUUGACUAUGGUUUAGUGGCCUCCACUCUGGGAAAUUAUACAUGGACUUGAAAAUAUUUGACUAGACCACUUCAAUAUUGAGGUGUGGACUGAUUUUAACUGAAGAGUUUGCAAUGUGAGAUGAAGAAAAGUGUAAAUGUCCAUUUAUUUAAUGUAUGUUUAAUGUACAGUUGAAUGUAUAUACAGUCGCAAUACAUUAACAGUGUGGCUUGGGGGGGGGGGCCUGGGUAGCUCAGCGAGUAAAGACGCUGACUACCAUCCCUGGAGUAGCAAGUUCGAAUCCAGGUGACUCCAGCCAGGUUUCCUAAGCAACCAAAUUGGCCCAGUUGCUAGGGAGGGUAGAGUCACAUGGGUUAACCUCCUUGUGUUUGCUAUCAUGUGGUUCUUGCUCUCGGUGGGGUGCGUGAUGAGUUGUGCGUGGAUGCCGCGGAGAAUAGCGUGAAGCCUCCACACGCGCUAUGUCUCCGCGGUAACGCGCUCAACAAGCCACAUGAUAAGAUGCAUGGAUUGAUGGUCUCAGACGCGGAGGCAACUGAGAUUCGUCCUCCACCACCUGGAUUGAGGUGAGUCACUACGCCACCACGAGGACCUAGAGCACAUUGGGAACUAGGCAUUCCAAACUGGGGAGAAAAGGGGAGGGGAAAAAAAAACAAUGUGGCUUGGGUAUGAAAAAAUAUAAGUAUAUAUGGAUAUUUGGGCUAUCUUAAAAAGUGUACACUGGUCACACAUAAAUAAACAGCUAUUGUAAUCACAAUUCAUAUCUAUGUUUUGAUACACAGGAAGUGAAAAUAUGCUAUUGACCAUGUGUGUCUUCUCACUUCAACUUUGUGAGAGGUGAAAAUAGAAUCAAUUAAAUCAAUUAAACUUUUUGAUGCUUGGGGGGGAAAAAAUUUACCAAAAAUGAUAUGCUGAAAGUUAAUUUGUAGUCAUGUGCCAUGUUGAUUUUUCUACAUUUAUGGAUAUUACUUCACAUUCUGCUUGCAAUUUUCCAGUCUGUUUUCUGCCUGUGAACUUGCACUGCAAAGGAGAUUAUGAAGAAAUCCUUGAGAUUAAAGUCAGCCAGAAACCUUCAUUUGCAAUAAGAGUGACAUCUGUCAUCAUCAUUUUGAUACACUAUAUAUGUGGUGUUACGACCAGCUCAAAAUCGCAACAUAAAGACAGACAGAGACAAACAUGUUUGUUUGCCAAUUAGAAUUGAUUUAAUCUGUUGUAAUUUGUUAAACUAACACUAAUGAUUCAGGCUAUGAUAACACAUGAAGUGCAUUAAUAUGGAUGUAUAUUGUUAAAAAUGUUUUAGUUAAACACACCCAAAAUUAUGGAGUUGUUUAUAAAAUGUCUUUAUUUUCUGAGGCUUUACACACCAGGAAGGUUGGUGUGUCGAUUUGUUUUCCUCUGUAAGAUACAAUAAUGCAUGUUGCACGAGAACAGUUUCAUGUUUUUUAGAGUUUUGUUUUAAAAAAAAAAGUAACCGCUUGGUUUUUAGCAUGAUACAGAACAUUUUUUUAGAUCUUUGUUGCCUUAAUACGUCACUGAAGAUGCACUAAGGAAGCAUUAACCAAAGGUUAAGUACAAUUACAUUAUUUUUUGAAAUGCCAAUAAAUUACUUAAUUUAAUUAAAUAUUCAAUCACAACGGCAUUUGCAUACCAUGGCCUGAGGUGUGCUUGAUGCACAACUGUAAAAAAUAGAUACUGCAGAACUUGGAGUACUAAAUCUGUUAUGCAUGAAUGUCAAAGGGUAUAAUUCAUAUUCAGAGACAUUGAAACUAGCUUCUUUUUUUUUUCUUUUUCUUUUUUUUGUGUGUGUUUAUGUAUUUUAAUUUAAAUGAUGUUGCAGUGUGUAUGUUAUGAACAUUUUGGAUUUUGCUAAUGAACAUCCAUUCAAGCAUGCAAAAUGAAUAAAUAAUACAA